AUGACAAAGGUGUUGGAGGGUGGACCUUGGCUUAUUAGAAAAGUUCCGUUGUUUUUGAAUGUUUGGUCUCCGUCCGUGAGUCUGAAAAAAGAGGGGAUUAAGUCGAUCCCGGUUUGGGUUAAAUUGCAUAAUGUGCCUAUAUCAGUCUACACGGAUGAUGGGCUGAGUUUAUUAGCAUCUAAAAUAGGUACGCCGAAAAGACUUGAUAGUUAUACGGCAGACAUGUGUGCUGAAAAUUGGGGGAGGAGUAGUUUUGCUCGUGCUCUAAUUGAGGUGAAUGCUGAUAAUGAGUUAAAGGACCAUAUAAUAGUGGCAAUACCGAAGUUAGAUGAAGACGGGUAUAUUACGGAAAGAAUUAAUGUGGAGUAUGAAUGGAAACCACAUCGGUGUUCGACAUGUUGUGUUUUUGGUCAUAGUGAUCUUACAUGUGCCAAGAAUGUGAACGAGAAAAAGAAACAAGUGGUAGUGGAUGAGGAAGGGUUUGUAACGGAUAAGAGGAGAACGGCUCGGGGUGGAACUAUUCAAAAGAAACAAAAAGCUAAAUUUAUCUACAGGCCGAAAUCCAACAAAACUGGUACAAGUACGUCAGGCACGAAGGAUAGUAACAGCGACAGAGCGGGUCCAAGUACUUCAGGCACCAGGUCGGGUACGGUUAAUGUAAAAACGUCGAAUGCUUUUGAUGUUCUUGAUUCUGGAGAGGGGGAUGGGAAUGAGAGUAUACCUGGUAACGUCGAUGGCACUAAUGAGAAGGAUGGUUACUCGGAUCAUGGUAUAGAUGAUAUUUUAGAUGAUAUGCCGACGGAAAUGGCCAAGUUUAUGUCCAAUAAACAACAAACUAACUUUUCUGAGGGGGCAAGCACUCCCGGUGCCACGGGUUUAAAUGGGUAG